UAUUUAGUCAUUUAAAGAUACCCCAUUGAAAUAUUUGUCCAACUAACGUCACAGAUAUUACGGAGUCCAACUCAUUGACUUUUACUAUAAAUACCUUAGUUGGGAAGGAAAUGAGCACCAGUUCUAAACAUACUUUCAAAACGUUUAAAAGUAAACGUAAAAUUGAAAUCGUAAAAUUAUUUGUGAAAAUCGUGGUGAAAACAUAAAAGAAAAUCAUGUCUUCUUUGAAAAUCGCAUUUGUGUUCCUCUGCGUGUGUGUUGUCUUCACAUGGGCCGGUAGCCAAGCGUUGCACAAAUUACCCGCAGAUUUGGGAUUAUUGAGUUUCAUGUCAAAAUCUCGUGUUAACCUGCAAGCAAAUCCUGAUCAGUCCAUUGAAUGUUUCAAUUACUAUAUACCUAAAAUCAAUGACAUUGCCCAAACCUAUUCUACGGAACUAACUCAAUGUUCUGAGAUUUCGGAAAAGGCACACAAGGCGGCCGAAGAUGCCACCCUGGAGCAGCGUAUCACAUUGGCCCAUGCAGUAAAUGCUUCAUGUGAAGUAUUGAAUAAAUGUCAGGAGUCAGCUACUGUUCCGGAUGUCUUUGAAUGUUAUAUCAAUGAGGGUUCCCAACAAGCCAAGGUGUUAUAUGGUGUCUCUACAAAUGCCACCAUGCAAUUGUCGGAUUUAGUGGAAGCACUGCGCCGCAUUAAAAGUGAAGAGGCCGUUUGCAGUACUCAGGCUAAGGUGAAAUAUGAACAGGACUCUGCAGCUGCUUAUGCUGAUUUGAAUAACUGUAUUUUGGGUUACUCCAAUGUUCCCACAACUACCGAGCCACCAACAACAGCAGCAAUUCCGACUGCUUCUGAUAGUAAUACAGAAUCCAGUGAUGUCAUGCCUGAAGAAGAUCUUUAUGAAUUCCAACGUAAAUUGAACCAACUAAUUCUUGCUAGACAAUUGAAAAUUGAUUGAGGUGAAAUGAGAAAAAUUAAAUAAGAUUUAAAAUUGAAUAAGAUUUAAGUUAGAAAAUAAAUGUUGGAAUUCGAAAAAUAAAUAAAUACAUAA